ACACCACUCACACUACUGUAUAUCUCCUUAGCAAUUCUCCAAUAUCUGUUCCAGGCAGAUGGAGUUCAACCUGCUCACUGAAUCAGAAGCCCAUAGCCCCUCUCUCUCUCUCUCGGAGUCUGGGACACCGCAACAUGAGCACAGCUGCAAGGGACAAGAACACAGUGACACAGAAAAGUCACAGCAGAACCAGACUGAUGACUCCAAUCCUGAGGACGGUUCCUUGAAAAAGAAGCAGCGCAGGCAAAGAACUCACUUCACUAGCCAACAACUCCAGGAGCUGGAAGCCACUUUCCAGAGAAACCGUUACCCUGACAUGAGUACCCGAGAAGAGAUUGCUGUAUGGACCAAUUUGACUGAAGCCAGAGUCCGGGUGUGGUUUAAGAACCGCAGAGCGAAAUGGAGGAAGCGAGAAAGGAAUCAGCAAGCAGAACUUUGUAAGAACAGUUUUGGAGCCCAGUUCAAUGGACUGAUGCAGCCUUAUGAUGAGAUGUAUGGUGGCUACUCUUAUAACAACUGGGCUACCAAAGGCCUUGCUGCCAGCAGUCUGUCAGCCAAAAGCUUCCCCUUCUUCAAUUCCAUGAAUGUCAACCCUCUCUCAUCGCAGCCCAUGUUCUCAACAUCCAGUUCCAUUGGAUCCAUGCCUAUGCCCUCCUCCAUGGUCCCUUCAACAGUGACUGGUGUGCCAGGCCCAGGCCUCAGCAACCUCAACAGCCCUGGCCUUAAUUCUGCUGUUUCAUCCAGUACCUGUCCUUAUGCAUCCUCGGCCAGCCCUUACAUGUACAGGGACACAUGCAACUCCAGCUUGGCAAGCCUGAGGUUGAAGGCUAAGCAGCAUGCCAACUUCACCUAUCCAGCAGUGCAGACAGCCACCUCCAGCCUGAGCCCCUGCCAGUAUGCUGUGGAUAGGCCAGUAUGAGGGACUAGAUCCCCACCCUACUUUAAGGAACUUGGCCAUUAGCCCAAUAAUGCCAGCCAGACCAAAUUCCAGGAAGGUCUAUUUAGUUAUUAUAAUGUUACAAACUUCUGACAAUCUCUUUUGGUAUAGUAAACACAACUGCUCACUGAAAGUCCGUUUGGGAAAGAGGAACAUUUGCCAGGCUCUGAGCUCAUUUUUCAGUCCACCUCUGUAAUGCGAUAGCCCUUCUCUUGCUCCUGCUCCAGCCCAAGAACAGGCAACCAGUUCAUGCAACAAUACAGAGGAACCCGGGGAAAAUGGUGCAGCUGCUAACUCCACUCAUAACGUACGUCUGUGUGCUUCUCCUAUUUCUGUGACUGCUCUGUUCUGUUAUGUGACUGCUCCCUGCCUUCCUGAAGCACUUAGAGGAGGCGAGCAUUCUGUGCUGGAAACAUCAGUUUAGUGCACCUCAGAUAAUGUAUAUUUAACCAAUGUUUACACUUUAUUGUGAAAUGUCUUGGGCACAAUGUUUUGUCUCUUCUUUUUUCUUUGCAGAAUUGGGCAUUUUGUAAUCCAAAAAGGAAGGUAAAGAUGAAGGGUGUGAGAGACAUGAUGAAUCAUGGGAAGAGUCUGGGGUAGAGCUGAAUGGAGCCAUCUGCUUGGUUUCCUCAGGUUUACACUGUUUUCCAAGACUUCAACAGAAGCUGUCAACAUGUGACCAAGGGGUACAGAGCUUUGACAUCAGGCAAAAAAAAUACCUGAAAGUCCCCUAAGAUGCCGGCACAUGAUCCUCCAGCUCCAAGGACAUCCUUUUAAAUGGAUGAAUGAUUAAUGCAAUUCAUUCCCUCUUUGGUUUCAUUUUGUGCUGAGGCAGGAAUGAAUUAACAGUAUCAACACAUCACACAGAAGCCUGUUGAUUUCCUUUUGCAAUAAGCAGCUCAGUCUCCUAGAGUAAUUUUCAUUGAAUCAUAAAUAAAAUCAGAAGAAA